GUAGUGGAACGUAUUCGGCCUGUGCCAACAGCGCUGGCUCAGGUUGACCGUGAAAAGAUCUACCAGUGGAUCAAUGAGCUGUCCAGCCCUGAGACACGGGAGAACGCGCUGCUGGAGCUGAGCAAGAAGCGCGAGUCUGUGCCUGACCUUGCCCCGAUGCUGUGGCACUCGUUUGGCACGAUCGCAGCUCUCCUUCAGGAAAUUGUAAAUAUUUAUCCAUCAAUCAACCCUCCAACUUUGACAGCCCAUCAGUCCAACAGAGUCUGCAAUGCUUUAGCUCUACUACAGUGUGUUGCGUCACAUCCUGAAACCAGGUCAGCUUUUCUGGCAGCUCACAUCCCUCUCUUCCUGUAUCCCUUCUUGCACACAGUUAGCAAGACACGGCCAUUUGAGUACCUGCGGCUGACGAGCCUCGGAGUGAUCGGGGCCUUGGUGAAAACUGAUGAGCAAGAAGUGAUAAAUUUCUUGUUGACAACAGAAAUUAUCCCCCUGUGCUUACGCAUUAUGGAGUCUGGCAGUGAACUCUCCAAAACGGUUGCCACGUUUAUUCUUCAGAAAAUCCUCCUGGAUGACACAGGGCUGGCAUAUAUCUGUCAGACCUACGAGCGGUUUUCCCAUGUUGCCAUGAUACUGGGUAAAAUGGUCCUGCAGCUCUCCAAGGAGCCGUCGGCACGGCUGCUGAAACACGUUGUCCGCUGCUACCUUCGCCUUUCCGAUAACCCCAGGGCACGUGAAGCUCUCAGGCAGUGCCUUCCUGACCAACUGAAGGACACCACCUUUGCCCAGGUCCUGAAGGAUGACACCACCACAAAGCGCUGGCUGGCUCAGCUCACCUGAAGGAGGGUCAGGUCACUGACCCACGGGGCAUCCCUCUUCCUCCGCAAUGACUGCUGGGGGAGGUGGAGGACCCAAGAAGAAACAGCUCAGGUUUACAAAGAACCAGGAACAGGUGACCUCUUCUGCAACAAACUGGGCACGCCAGCUGGCUGCUGGCCCGUUGGACCAUCCCACCCAGCCAAAGGGCUGCUCUGUAGCAAUGCAGCAUGCCUCCAGGGAUCGCAACACCAGCAAAUGCUGAUACGACAGCUUCAAAAAAA